UGGAAAAUUUAUUAAUGUUUCCAAAGAAAUUUGCAAAGAAGCAAAUUUUGCACUUAAAAUUUUCCUUAAAAAUGUGAUUCAGGAUGCUGCAGAAGAUGCAGAAGAUAAUGCACUUAAAUAUCAAGGUCAUAAUAUUUAUAGCAUUGAUUUAUAA